CGCGGCCGGCUGCAGAGAGGCUGUGGAGCGCGAGGCCCGGCGGGCGCGUGGAGCCCCAGCUGAGAUAAAAGAAUGGCAAACUCCUUUGCAUCAAAGACCUUCACCACACUUUCAGAUCUGCAUCCAAAUAUGGCUAAUCUGAAAAUAAUUGGUAUAGUUAUUGGGAAAACAGAUGUCAAAGGCUUUCCAGACAGAAAAAAUAUCGGUUCAGAGAGAUACACUUUCAGUUUCACCAUUCGGGACUCACCAACGCAUUUUGUCAAUGUGACAUCCUGGGGCAGCGAAGGUUACAUCAGGUCACUUUCUGACAGCUUUAGGGUUGGAGAGUGCGUGAUCAUCGAAAAUCCCCUGAUUCAAAGAAAGGAAUUAGAAAGAGAAGAAAAAUUCAGCCCUGCAACUCCCAGCAGCUGUAAGCUAUUGCUCAGUGAGAAUCACUCCACAGUGAAAGUUUGUUCCAGUUAUCAAGUGGACACCAAGCUCCUUACUUUGAUAUACUUACCUGUCAAAGAGUCUCAUGAUUUUUAUUCAUUGGGUGACAUUGUUGCAAAUGGAUGCAGUCUGGAUGGGAGGAUUAUUAACGUGUUUGCAGCAGUGCGGUCGGUUGGAGAGCCAAAACACUUUACAACUUCAGACCCGAGGAAAGGCCAGAGGUGUGAGGUGAAGCUCUAUGAUGAGACAGAGUCUUCUUUUGCAAUGAUAUGUUGGGAUAAUGAAUCUAUCCUGGUUGCACAGAGCUGGGUGCCGCGAGACACAGUGAUAUUUGCCUCAGAUGUAAGAAUAAGUUUUGACAAAUUUCGGAACUGCAUGACGGCAACUGUAAUCUCAAAAACCAUUAUUACGACUAAUCCAGAUACCCCAGAAGCUAACAUCCUGUUGAAUUUUAUAAGAGAAAAUAAAGAAACAAAUCCUCUGGAUGCUGAAAUGGACAGUUACUUGAGAGAAUCCGUAGAUUUAAAUACAAUAGUUGAUGUCUACACAGUUGAGCAAUUAAAAGUAAAAGCUUCGAAGAAUGAAGGGAAGGCUGACCCUUUCUAUGGCAUUCUUUAUGCUUACAUUUCUACGCUGAAUAUUGAUGAUGACGCCACGACAGUAGUUCGACACCAAUGCUCAGGCUGUGGUUAUAUUGUAAAUGAAGCAUCCAGCACGUGUACUGCUUGCAACAAAAAUUCUUUGGAAUUUCGGUCUGUUUUUCUCAGCUUCCACUUGCUGAUUGACCUCACGGACCACACAGUUUUUUUUAUCACACAGAGCGAGGGGCAGAUUGAGAAUUAGUGUGCUCUCAUGUAAGCUGGCAGACCCUGUUGAGGCAAGUAGGAGCUUGUCUGGGCAAGGAAAAAUUUAAAACAAGAUACUUCAAACUCUGGACAAGAAUAUGAGUUUCCAUUUUCUUGAGAGUGGAAAAUGAGUUUGAAAACUAUGGAUAAAAUUGUAUUUUGUUCAAAGGUGGUAAAAAUGUUUCUAUAAAUUGUUAUUAUGUAUCCUUCUGGAGCUGGUUAGGGGGUAAAUCUUAAAAUCUCUCAUCCACCCCAGCUCCUUUCUUAGAAGGCCUUUUGGCUGAUUUUGCCCUCUCUUCCCAAGUUGGAAAAUGUGUGUGGGAAUUAAUAAACAUGUUUAACCU